AUGAUGGAUGAUACCCGGUCAUGGAGUGACGACGGCUAUCGAGAGCAUCGGGCUGAGGCCGAAGAGCCCGAAGAUGUAGAUCCGAGUGCCGACACCCCUCUCCUGACUGCAGACAAUGAGGUCAAUCCGUCUAUAAAAGACAGGAAUACUCGCCGACAACACUCGAUUGCCUACCAGCUUGGAGAAUACUGUCUUUCUCUCAUCAACGCCAUGAUGGGCUCUUCCAAGGAUGGCGCUAAGUCCUCUGAACAUGAAAAUGUCUCGCCCGCCAACCCCGAUGCUUGGGUGGACUCUGUAUCGUACGGCCCUGGCGGCAUGCGUGGUCUCUUCUCCAAUUCCUAUGUGUUUGGAGCUGCCUUUUUGGCCUCUCUGGGAGGGUUUUCGUUUGGGUAUGAUCAAGGUGUGAUCUCGAUCAUCAAUGUCAUGGAUAACUUCCACCGGGCAUUCCCAGAAGCCGCGACGGCAUUCGGAACCUCGUUCAUGACCUCUAUGCUCUUGCUUGGGGCUUUUAUUGGUUGCUUUUUCAUGCCAUAUCUCUGUGAUAAGAUUUCGAGAAAAUGGGCUUUAACCGUGGUGGUUGUGAUAUUUGAUAUUGGCGCCAUCAUGCAGACUGCUGCCCAGAGCUAUGGAGAGUUGGUCGCUGGCAGAGCCAUUGGAGGAAUUGGUGUAGGAACCCUGGCCAUGGCCGCCCCUCUUUAUAUCUCAGAAAUAUCUCCGCCCGAGCUUCGUGGAACUCUCCUUGUGUUAGAGUCCAUUUCGAUCGUCUCGGGUGUCGUGAUUGCCUUCUGGAUCACCUACGGCACACAAUAUCUCACCAGCGAGGCUUCCUUUCGGCUCCCCUUUGCUCUGCAGAUGGUGUGUGCGACUAUCCUGGGCGUCGGAAUCCACUUUUUCCCUUACUCGCCCCGUUGGCUAGCUCUGGUCGGUCGCCGCAACGAAUGUCUAUCAAGUCUAAGUAAGUUGCGCAAGCUCCCGCCAACCGACGAGCGGGUACAGACCGAGUACAAGGGCAUCAUUACCGAGGUCGAAUUUCAAAGACUCGUGAUUGAAAAGACGCAUCCUGGUGUCACGGGCUUUCGCUUAGAAGUCAAUUCAUGGCUGGAAUUAUUUCGCCGUCGUAACUGGCAUCGCACGGCUGUCGGUUGCGGUAUCUUGUUUUUUCAGCAAUUCUCUGGAAUCAACGCGUUCAUCUACUAUGCGCCGACGCUCUUUAAGAAUCUCGGUCAGACGGACCAUAUGAGUCUGAUCAUGUCUGGCAUCUUCAAUAUCUUGCAGCUACUCGCCGUCAUCAUCUGCUUCCUCAUCAUCGACAAAGUCGGACGUCGGCCACUUGCGAUAUUUGGUGCUAUUGGCAACACGAUCUGCUAUGUGGUCAUUACGAUUCUCUCAGGAUUGUAUUCCCAUGAUUGGCCAGCUCAUCAAGGUGCCGGGUGGGCAACAGUCGCUAUGGUUUUCUGCUUCAUCCUAGUCUAUGGAGUCUCGUACUCGCCCCUUGGAUGGGCACUACCAUCCGAGGUAUUCAGUACCGCGACCAGAUCCAAGGGCGUUGCAUUAUCUGUGUGCGUGAACUGGCUGUCCAAUUUCAUUGUCGCCAUCGCCGUCCCGCCUAUGAUGGAGUACAGAGGCUACCAAACCUAUAUUUUCUUCACGGUGAUGUGUCUUUUGGCCGCAAUUUGGGCGUUUUUGUUGGUUCCAGAGACCAAGGGAAAGACUUUGGAGGAGAUCGAUGAAGUGUUUGGUGGCGUUCAGGGACAGGAGGAACAGGCUAUUAUGCGACAAGCAAUAAUCUCGGUCAACGAGGAGAUUGUGUAG